UUUUUUUUUACAAACUUGACACGUCCGCAAGUCACAUGUGGUCCACUCAGAAUGGACCUGUGGCCCACUUGUGGACUGCGACCCAUCAGUUGGGAACCACUUAUGUAUAUGUUUCCAUGGGGACACAGUGAGUGCGUUCACAGUGAGCUGAACGAUGUGCGAGCAGCCCCUGUUCGGAUGGACAGAGAGCGUCAACUGAAGAAAACUUAAAAACACAAUGAUUCUUUUUUCUCUGAUUUCUGAGUGGAUUUACAGACGCAUGUUCUGGAUGGACGUCAGAGAGAAGGAGAGGUCACACUGACUGAUAAACAUGUUUCAUGUCUGUGUGUUCACGUUUCGCUCAGCGAUGAUGAAGAGGAGGAGGGAGUUGUUUUGAAACGCUCUGUUGGUUCAUAGAACAACAACAGCAGCAGCAGCAGCAGUGGUUUCCUCCGUCAGUUGACGAUGGAGUCUCUGCUGGUCUGUCUGAUCCUCCUCUCCGUCAGCGGUUUCUGGUUGGAGCAGCCUGCCUCCGCCCUGCCAGUCUCCACUGUACAGGUGAGAGUCGGGGAGAACGCCACCCUGCAGUGCCCCCUGCUGGAUGCCUUCAACGCCUCCACCACUAAUGCCUCCAACACCACCGCCAUCAGUGCUGCGUACUCCACCCUCAGCUGGUACAGGAAGACAGCAGGACAGAGUCCAGAGCUGCUGCUGACCAUCAGGCCUGCAGACACGUCUAAUGUGAAGUAUGGCGCCGGUGUUGGUCCUGAUAAAGUCUCAGCUGCAGCCAACGGCUCGCUGCUGCUGCACAACUCUGAGCAGAGCGACUCAGCAGUUUAUUACUGCGGCAUCAGUUGGGGACAAGACUCCAAGAUGAAACCCAACGCCACAGGAGCUCACUGAGGAUUGAUGGGAACUCUGCAGCUGGUUACUGGUCUGGUCUGUCCGAGGCUGAGGAAUGAAGCCAACAAAAACUACAGGACAGCUUCAGUUGUGACCAGACACAAGUUUCCAUAUUUCCCAUACCUACAAUCAGAAGGGCAUUUAAUGUUUUCAUUGUCUGUAUUUUCGGAACCUAUUUUUAAUAGGACUGCAACUAACGAUUACUUUCAUUGUUGAUUAAUCUGUCGAUUAUUUCUUUGAUUAGUCAACUAAUCAUUUUAUCCAAAAAUGUGUUAAAAUGUUGAAAAAUGUCGGCCUGUCUCUCCCAAACCCCAAAAUGAUGUCAUCUUGUUUCGUACUCACACCAAAGAGUUUCAGUUCACGUCAUGGGAGAGUGUGUAAAGCUGCCAAUAUUUGACCGUAAAAAGCUGCAAUAAGAAUAUUUUGGGUACUUUAUAGUACUUUACAAUGAAAAAUGACUCAAACUGAUUAGACGACUACUAAAAUAGUCACCGAUUAUUGUAAUAGUCGAUUAGUCAUCGAUUAGUCAACUAAUAGUUGCAGCCCUAAUUUUUAAUCUACGAUUUACAGUUUAGUGAGUGUUUUCUUGUCCCUGCUUGAAGUCUUCUGUAUUGUGCUGCACUAACACUAGUCUGGGGCCGUUAGUGGCUGUUUUGGUAAGGAACCGGAACCAGGGCGAGUGAGACAGGACCCGGAAUUCGAUGGAUGCGCCUUUCCGUCAAAAUAAAAGCACCAAGCUAAUAAAAAUGCGGUGAAACUUUAAUUUAAAGAAUAUAAUUUACAAGAAAAGCCCCAAGCCAUUAAGUUAAUCGAUUUUCUUACACCCCUCAUCACCCCAAAUCGAUGGUGUGCCAGAAUUUAAAGUUUUACUUUGGUGAACACUUUUACUUUGGUGAAUUCCGCAUCCGCUCUCUAUACCGGAACCAGAAUCCAGACAAAAUUCAGAGUGAAUAGAAACCAAAGUGAAGAGCCUGGUGAGGCCAGGCUACACUUACACCUGAACACUGUGGUUAAAGUUUGGCUGGUAAACAAGAAGUCCUCUCAGGUGUAUUCUUAGCAGCUCAGUCACACAGCCGUUUUCAGGUUUGUGAUGAACAGACAGAGAGACAGACAGAGAGACAGACAGACAGGCAGACAGACAGAGAGUGUAUCUGACUCACCUUCUCUAGAGUCCCCUCUCCUCCUUCGUUCCUUCAUGGCUGUCAGAUAAUCCGGCUGCAUUUCUUCCUGCGACGCCAUUUUGUUUGUUUACAGAGCUCCUCCUCUUCCCGCCGUUUAUCAGCGCUAGCCAACAACAUGUUAGCUAGUAGCAUUAGCGACACUCGCUAACUCUGCAGUUAACUGUAAUCAGGUCUGUUUUUGGUCAAAGAUCGACCGACUCACCUCUGUUCCUCCUCCUCAGUCUCGUCCCUUCACAGUUUCAGUAUUAAAUAAAACUUUUAAAUCUACAUUCACCUGUUUCUCUGCUGAUUCCCUCAGACUGUGCCCGCACUGAAGCUGCAGUACCGUCUCUCACCGCUCAGACUGACUGACGUUAAACCGUUUCAGUCAGGGGGGCGCUGUUUCACUGAUUUACAGAGACUCCUUUUUUACUUCAUUUAAACAGAGCCUUGUGACAGUGUGUCGUUCACAGGUUCAAAUAAAUCAUCAUAAUCACUUCUUUAAUAUAUUUCUGAUUAACUUUCAUUAUUAUUUCAUUUUGUUUUUUAUUUGUGAUUUUACAAAACUCUUCAUCCUGGUGCAACUGGAAGCUUUCCUUCUGAGAUCUUUAUUUCUUUAACUUAAUAAGCUUAAUCAAGGAGA